GCAGCACCGCCCCAAGACACUUCAGAUGGUGGCCGUCGGAAGACAACCAAGAAAGGCUUCCACUUGGAUUGGCUGGGCAGGACCCCGUUACCGGCGAGUCUAGUUCUGCUGAACUAGCUCGUAGGCUCGCCUCAGGUGCUUACAAUGGUGCUUACGGUGGCAGCUACGGUGGUGGCUAUGGUGGCAGCUACGGAGGUGGCUAUGGAGGCGGCUACGGUGGUGGUUACGGAGGUGGUUACGGUGGGGGUUACGGAGGCGGUUAUGGUGGUGGUUACGGAGGCGGUUACGGAGGUGGAUAUGGAGGUAGCUAUGGUGGUGGUUAUGGAGGCGGCUAUAGUGGCGGUUAUGAAGGUCGAAGUAUGGUCGUCACUAGUGGAGAAAGUAGCGCAGAUGUCACUAGUGGGAGAAGCGCAGGUGGAAGCAGCAACGAAACUAGUAGCAGCAGCGGACAUGGAGGUGGCUUUCGGCGGCGGCUACGGAGGUGGACACAGUAGUAGUUUUGGAAUCCAAAGUAGGGUCGGGAGUAGUGGCGAACAGGGCAGCAAUUUACGAGCAGGUGGAAGUGAAAGCCGUAAUGAAACAGGAAGUGUUAGUGGAUACGGAGGAGGCUACGGAGGGGGGUACGGAGGCACUUACGGCGGAGGUUAUGAAGGAACAGCAUACGCCAACAGUGGCUCAAGCAGCACUCAUACAAGAAGCGGAAGUGGUCACGGUGGAGGAAGUGCAACUGAAAGUGGUACGGGUGGCAGAUACAGAGGCGGCUAUGGAGGUGGUUACGGGGGCAGCUACGGUGGCCGUCAUGCAGAAAUCAGUACAGGCGUGAGUGGUGCCGAAAGCGACAGCAAUUCCAGAAGUGGGAGCGCAUAUGUCCGUAGCAGUGGAGGCGACCGAAGAAAUGAGACAGGCACUAGCAGCGGAUAUGGAACUCGCUCUGGAACCGGCUACAGAAGUGACUACAGAAGUGGCUACGGAGGUGGUUAUGGAGGUGGCUACGGCGGUGGCUAUGGAGGGCAUAGUAGGGUCGUAAAUGCUGAAGAAGGCGGCACUGACAUCUCAGGUGGCAGUGGAUACGGCAGUGGUAGCAGCAAUGAAACUGCAGGUGGUAGUCUACACAGAGUUGGCUACGGAGGUGGACAUGGAGGUGGCUACCGUGGUAGUUAUGUACAGCGCACCAGGGUCGUGAACGCUGGAGAAAGUGUUACUGAGACAAGACGUGGCAGCGAGCACGGCGAUGCAAGCAGGAAUGAUACAGGAGCUGGCAGCAGAUACGGAGGGGGUUACGGAGGUGGCUAUGGAGGUGGCUACGGUGGGGGUUAUGGAACGCAGAGACGAGUCGUAAGCAGUCUCGGAAGUGACAGUGACAGGAGCAACGGCAGCGGAUCUGGAGGUGGCUACGGAAGUGGUUACGGAGGUGGUCACGGAGGUGGUUACGGCGGUGGUUAUGGAGGCGGCUAUGGCGGCAGUUAUGGAGGUCAUAGUAGCAUCGUCACUGGCGGCGAAAGCGGCACUAAUGUCAGGAGCGGCAGUGGCUACGGGGAUGGAAGAGGCAGCAGUGAAUCUGCUACUGACAAUGCAAACCGCGGAUACGGUAGUGGUUACGGUGGGGGACACAGUGGUGGUUAUGGAAGCAGAAGCAGGGUUGUGAAUGGAGCCGAAAGCGACAGUGAAGCCGGCAGAAGCAGCGGAUACGGCAGUAGAAGAGGAGACAUAAGCGUGAGUGACACUGACAGUGAAACUCGCGCAUAUCGAGGCGAAAACAGAGCAGAAAGCGGCAGUGACACAAGAAGCGGAGGAGGAGGAUAUGGUGAUGGAUACGGUAGCGGAAGUGGUGGCGGAAGCGGUGGCGGAAGUAGUGGUGGAAGCGGUGGCGGAAGCGGUGGCGGAAGCGGUGGCGGAAGCGGUAGUGGAAGCGGUAGUGGAAGCGGUAGUGGAAGUAGUACAAGAAGCAGCAGCGGUGGGCACAGAAACAGUAACGAAGCCAAUGAUGAUAGUCACAAUAGCCGUGGCUUUGGUCGCGGUUCCGGUGGCAGUCAUGGCGUCUAUGGUGGCAUAUACACUAGUGGGUACACUGUCCGAUAUGGAGAAAGAACAAGCUCACGCACUGAAAAUUCCCGGGCUGAUGUACCAUGUGUGAGAGUGCGCAACUGCGGCAGCCUACUCACAGUCGCCACGGCCGUUCUACCAGGUGGCGGCCGUUCCCACAAUCAACAGUCGGCGUCAAGAGGCCUCGUGCAAGAAAUCGUCGACGACACUCAAGCGCGCCUGCGUGUCCAGCAGGACAUUAGUUCUCCGCGAGCAACGGAAAGUGAUGAACUCUUGAGCGACGACUGAAAUCCUGUUGCGAGCCACCUAAGGGGGUGAGAGCAUUCACAGCAUCUCAUCGAAUUCUACAAUGGGAAUCAACCUUUGAGCAGGUCGCUUCAACUUUGGCAAUAAAGAUUCAAUAUUCGCUAUUUGUAA